CCGCGCGGCGGCAGUCAGGUGACCUCCCGGCGGUGCAGCCCCCGGCCCCCCGCCAGUGCGAGAGCAGCCGCCGCGGCGACAUGACGGGCCUCCCGCUGCUCGGCGCCGGGGUGGCGCUGGCGGCCGCCGUCACCCUGCUCGGUGUCGGUGUCUGCUACACGAUAUUUGACCUGGGCUUCCGCUUUGACGUGGCCUGGUUCCUGACGGAGACCUCGCCCUUCAUGUGGGCCUGCCUGGGCAUCGGCCUGGCCAUUUCGCUGUCUGUGGUGGGCGCUGCCUGGGGGAUUUACAUCACCGGCUCCAGCAUCAUCGGGGGCGGUGUCAAGGCCCCGCGCAUCAAAACCAAGAACCUGGUCAGCAUCAUCUUCUGCGAGGCUGUGGCCAUCUACGGGAUCAUCAUGGCCAUUGUCAUCAGCAACAUGGCUGAGUCUUUCACCGGCACCACCCCGGAGUCCAUCGGAGCCAGGAACUACCAUGCAGGCUUCUCCAUGUUUGGGGCAGGGCUGACGGUGGGGCUGUCCAACCUGUUCUGCGGGGUGUGCGUGGGCAUUGUGGGCAGCGGGGCCGCGCUGGCUGACGCCCAGAACGCCAGCCUCUUCGUCAAGAUCCUCAUCGUGGAGAUCUUUGGCAGCGCCAUCGGUCUCUUCGGUGUCAUCGUCUCCAUCCUGCAGACCUCUAAAGUAAAGAUGGGGGACUGAGCCCUAGCCCAGCCCCGCUCCGCCCGGCUCAGGGCAGCUGUACAUAGAUAUUUAAUAUUCCCUCCCGGGGCAGGCACUGACCCCUGCCCGGCGCGGAGCCCCGGGCACCCCACUCCUUCCUGCUGGAGGAACCAGUCGUCUGUGUGUGCGUGACCCCUGCCCCCAGUCGCCCGGUCCGGCGGGGCCGACCGCGCUACCGCCUGCCCCGGUGCCCGUGCAUCCUGCUCGCCGUGCCGCUCUGCUCUGCUCCGCUCCGCUCCGUGUCUGUGCAGUAAACAUGGUUCUUCUCCCA